GCCGCCUYGGGGCCGCUUCCCUUGGAGCCCGUAAAGCGCCGCUGUGGAGACCGCGCUUUUAAAGGCGGGUUAUAAAGCGGAAUUAAAAGCUCGGUUGUCAAACAGCCAAGUGUCGCUGUUCUUUUUCCUCUGUUGUACAUAAACAUCUUGAUUUCAAGGCUGUGUGCAGAGCGUGGUUUCUUUUUCCUGGGCGCUUGGUUUCCCACCCUCCCCCCUUUUUUUUUUAAAUUGAUAAUUSGCUCAUGCACCAACUUUACAAAUCGAGUGCUUAUCCUACAAGGCCUGACUGGACACUCUGCUAGCCAUGGGUCAUCUCAUCACUAGAUGCUUUUAGAAAGUCCCAAACUGCGUAAAAAGCAUUGCAGGUCAAGGAAACAUGGAAGCCACUAACGUUAMAAAGAAAGAAGCCCCCAGAGAUCCCGAGCACUGUGAUAUCCCCUACUACGUUUCUGAAUUUGUGGAAAGAGAGGUUGGGACUGAUUAUGAUUCCCUGAGGAAGCUGGACGGCCUUAUCGAAAAGCUGUCUGAAAAUAAAAGGCACUUGGAGGAGCAGGUACUUACGGUUUCAUCAGAAGUCCCUAAAAGAAUCCAGGAUGCUUUAAAGAAUGCAGAAGAUUCCAAGAAGUCUCUCGCUCGGCUUUUGGAGGAAGAAGCUCUUCUGUCAAAUUUAAUCAGUAACCACUUAGAGAAAGCUCAGCCUUGGAUGGAGGAUCUUGAUCUACUGAUGGGUCAAAUAGAAGAGAUUGAACGACACCUUUCUUACCUGAAAUGGAUUUCACGAAUAGAAGAGUUAAGUGAUAACAUUCAGCAAUACCUGAUGACCAACAAUGUUCCUGAGGCRGCCAGUACUUUAGCAUUCAUGGCAGAACUGGAUAUUAAACUUCAGGAGUCAUCUUGUACCCAUCUUCUUUCUUUUGUGAGAUCCACUGUUAAAUUCUGGCAUAAAAUUCUUAAGGACAAGUUGUCAAGUGACUUUGAAGAGGUGCUAACGCAGCUUCAUUGGCCCUUUGUGGGGCCACCGCAGACUCAGGCUUUUGGCCUUUCUGCAUCUGCCAGUGCUCCGGACUUAUACAAUAAYUUGGAGACGUUGUUCUGUCAGCUUUUGAAGUUGCAAACCUCAGAUGAACUGUUAACCAAACCUAAACAGUUGCCAGAGAAAUACUCUCUGCCUCCAUCACCACCUAUUAUCCUUCCAAUGCAGAUCAUGCUGAACCCUCUUCAGAAAAGAUUCAAGUAUCAUUUCACUGGAAAUAAACAAACCAAUGUUUUAAACAAGCCUGAGUGGUACUUAACACAAGUGCUUAUGUGGAUUGGAAAUCAUGCACAGUUCCUUGAUGACAAAAUCCAGCCCAUCUUGGACAAGGCCGGGUCUGCAGUGAAUGCUGGGCUCGAGUUCGCUCGUGGUCUAGUACUGCUGAUUUUGGAGAAGUUGGCUACUGAUAUUCCCUGCCUUUUGUAUGAUGAUACUCUCUUCUGUCACCUGGUGGAUGAGGUCCUGCUGUUUGAGAGAGAGCUGCACAGUGCUCACGGUUAUAUCAGCAGCUUUCCCAGUUGCAUGCAUAUUCUCUCAGAGGAAUCCUGCUUCCAAAGGUGGCUAACAGUGGAAAAAAAAUUUGCUCUUCAGAAAAUGGACUCCAUGCUUUCAUCUGAGGCCGCGUGGGUAUCACAGUAUAAAGAUAUCUGUGAUGUGGAUGAAAUGAAAGUCCCAGACUGCGCUGAAACUUUUAUGACACUGCUCUUGGUUAUAACAGACAGAUAUAAGAAUCUUCCAUCAACUUCCAGAAAACUGCAGUUUCUGGAGUUACAGAAGGAAUUAGUUGAUGACUUCAGGAUACGGUUGACUCAAGUAAUGAAGGAAGAGACGAGAGCUUCUUUAGGCUUCCGAUACUGCGCGAUCCUGAACGCCGUUAAUUAUAUAGCCACGGUGUUGGCAGACUGGGCUGACAAUGUUUUCUUCCUGCAGCUGCAGCAGGCCGAGCUGGAGGCUCGUGCGGAGAGCGGCGCCGGGAGCCAGGUGGAGCUGGGGCAGCUGGCGUCCAUGGAGAGCUCCGUGUUCGACGGCAUGAUCACCCUCCUGGAGCGCCUCAAGCACGACAUGCUGGCUCGUCAGGUCGAGCACGUCUUCAGGGAGGUCAAAGAUGCUGCAAAGCUCUACAAAAAAGAGAGGUGGCUGUCGCUGCCGUCGCAGGCGGAGCAGGCGGUGAUGUCCCUGUCGAGCUCGGCCUGCCCCGUGCUGCUCACGCUGCGGGACCGCCUGCUGCAGCUGGAGCAGCAGCUCUGCCACUCCCUCUUCAAGGUUUUCUGGCAGAUGCUCGCAGAGAAGGUGGAUUUAUUCAUAUACCAGGAGGUAAUUCUGGCAAAUCAUUUCAAUGAAGGAGGAGCAGCACAGCUCCAGUUUGACAUGAACAGGAACCUGUUCCCUCUGUUUUCUCACUACUGCAAGAGGCCAGAAAACUAUUUCAAACACAUAAAAGAAGCCUGCAUUAUCCUGAACUUAAAUAUAGGCUCUGCCCUGCUUUUGAAGGACGUGCUGCAGACAGCCUCAGACAGUGAAGAAGCAUUGCAGCCAAACCAGCCAUCUGCAACAGCAGCACUAAAUGAACUUGGGGUUUACAAAUUAGCUCAAAAGGAUGUUGAGAUUCUGCUGAAUUUGAGAGCUCAUUGGCCAAAUACAGGAAAAUGAAG